AUGAAAGCCGUAGUCCAGACCGGCGAAAGGACAAGAACGGAGCCUGGGGAGCUCGGCUUAAAGGGAACGACCACGCUGAUCUACGCGGUCCUGAGGACGAACGCAUCACCAACGCCUGCCAUUCGGCGUUCAGAGUCCUCGCUCGAGCGCCAUGAUGCGAUCAUCUCUGCCCUUUGUGAAAGUCUGCAGCAGGAGCAGAAGGACGCGUCAGAUUCAGACGGCUUGACUGCGCUGCACCAUGCCGUGCGCAUGAAGAAGCUUGAGGCAGUCAACCCACUGCUAGACCAGGGCGCGAGCCCCAAUGUGAAGGACAGAGAGGGUACCACGCCCCUGCACUACGCGGCCACCAGGAAGCUGAAGAAGUUUGUGAAACUCAUUUCGACAGUCUCAACAACCGAGAUCAACUUGACAGAUAACGCCGGACGGACGCCUCUACAUGUGGCAGUCAGGUGGAGUGGAUUUGAGAUAGUAGAGCUGCUGCUAGCCCACGGCGCCGGGUUUGACUCCAACGCAUCGCUUGGUCAAGGUCUCCGUCCGCCAGACAUAAAUCCGGAUACGAAGAAGCUGCUGGAUAGCACUGAGUCUUCUCGGCACGGCAGAACGGAUUCGAUAAGCCAGUCUCAUCAUCGCGGUCAGGACGCAGCUUUUCGUGGAGUACGAUUCGCUCCCACCGCUCCCGGUAAUCGAAUGUGCUGGUCUGGGACUUGA